UUGCUGAUGCUAAUCUUGGUUUCUGUAACAGGAAAAAAAAUGGAAGGUCUGCCUGAUGUUGCUGCUUUUGCAACUGAACUUAAAAAGACUCUCAUCCAGUACCAUAGCAUUGAAGAUGAUAAAUGGAGAGUUGUUAAGAAAACGAAAGAUGUAACAAUUUGGAGAAAACCUUCAGAAGAAUUUAAUGGACAUCUCUUCAAAGCCCAAGGUGUUAUAGAUGACAUUGUCAAUAGUGUAAUAGACAAUAUACGCCCAGGUCCCUGUCGCUUGGAUUGGGACAGCUUAAUGACUUCAUUGGAUGUUUUGGAGCAUUUUGAAGAGAAUUGCUGUGUGAUGCGUUAUACCACUGCUGGUCAGCUUUGGAAUAUAAUUUCCCCAAGAGAGUUUGUUGAUUUCUCCUACACUGUGGGCUAUAAAGAAGGGCUUUUAUCCUGUGGGAUAAGUCUUGACUGGAGUGAAAAGAGACCAGAAUUUGUUCGCGGAUAUAACCAUCCCUGUGGUUGGUUUUGUGUUCCACUUAAAGACACUCCAAACCAGAGUCUUUUGACAGGCUAUAUUCAGACAGAUCUGCGCGGGAUGAUCCCUCAGUCUGCAGUAGAUACAGCCAUGGCAAGCACUUUAAUCAACUUCUAUGGUGACCUACGAAAAGUCUUACGAAAGGCAUAAUAUGUUUAAACUUGCAGUACUAUGGUUCCCUGAAUCAACCCUUUCUCUCAGCUGCAUGGCCUGUAAAAAUCAUCCUUUCUUCUCUUCUGUGUAGCCUGUAGAAAAAUUUGAGAUGUUUUUGGUUUAUUUUAUUCCUAAAGUAGAUAGCUGUCUAAGAGAGGGCAUUUCAAUUUUCUUAAACAGUUAUUUGCACAUUGUUUGGUAUGGAAAUGUGUCUAGGAAUGGAGAAUAUGACAGAAAUCCACCAGAAGUAGAAACAGUUCUUUGACCCAAACCUUAAGGGCUUGAAUAGUGCCUGAGGAUAAAUAUUUUGGCUGCUUAGAAAUUAGAGAAAGCACAAGCUUCAUGCUGUUAGGUUAAAAUAGUCUAUUUUAGAGCUUUAUGAACAUUUUGUGAAAGUUUUAAUUUUUUUGGAAGUUAAAUAUUAGUGCUUUACUUUUCAUAUGCUCUCUGAGUUUGCCAAUAUCUCGGACUAAAGAGAAAAGCUCCUCUCUAUAUUUUAUAAAGAUGAACUUCAUUGUCAAUUGACUUGCACCACUUUAGGUAUUGAAAAGAUCAGAAAUAAGAAAAGAAUAGAUAUCAUAGUAACUAUAGGUACAAUUCAAAUGCAAUUCAGUUUUGAUACCUAGAUAAUAAUAUUUUGUGGAUAUCUUUAAAAAUAUAUUUGUAUCUUUAUGUGAACUUAUUUUAGGAGUCUUAAAAAGCAUUUGUGCAUGAAUAAGACAGUUCAAAAAACUACCAGAUAUGUGCUGAGGACACCACAUUGAUUGGGCAGUAGUCUAGCUUGUAUGAAAUGGCUGGUGGUAUCCUGUAUUCACCAGUAGAGAAUCAUUUCUCUAGAAAGUCAAAUUCAAUGAAUGUUCUGUAUGUGUUUCAGUUUUAAAAGUAUCACCCACCUCAUAAAGUAUUACUAACUACAUCAUAAACGUUCACAAUUGGGAUGUAACUUCAGUCUGGAACUAUAACAAAUGCGUUCAUUAAUUUAUCCAAAUGCCCAGAUGAGUCAUUUUAUAACUAGAAUGGACUAUAAUAGAUCUCUUGAUUCUGUGGCUGCCUUAAAUGAACAUUCUGAAAUGAUUUUAACAUUCCAAAUAAUUUUUUGGCUUUUGAACUGUCCACCUAGAUUACUUCUAAAAUAAGAAGACUUGAGGCAACUCCGUGUAUCCGUGCAAAUGUAUUUAUGUUUGUGUGAAUGCACACAUCUUGAAAUCUAUUUCAGUGUUCAGUGUGAGUUCUUUAUGUGUUACUAUUACUGUUUCCAUUGUUUCAUUUCUUUUUUUUUUUUCUUUUUUUUUUGUUUGGUUAAUAUGGGGUAAAGUGAGCACUGGAAAUACUUACGUGCUAGAUAGGCCACAAAAAAGCACAAGUGCAUGAAGGUUUGAUCCGUAUUUUACUUUACUGUGUUUUCCUGAGGGUAAAGAAGCAUAAGUCCUUGUUCUUCAGACCCAUUUUGAUAAAGUGGAAAAAGUAGCACUGGUUUUUGUUUUUAUUUUUAUUUUUUUGCUCUUGGAGAUGAUGAGGUUCAAAAAAACACAAGGUGGCAGCGCAUUUACAAUAUCCGUGGCAAAUAAUCUCACAGUUUUUAGAUUGAAAAUGAUGUUUCAAGAUCUGACAGAAGCAAUACACAAACGAUCCUAUAUUCUUAACUUGAAAUUUAUUAAUCACCAAUAUCCUUUUCUAAACUGACCGUAACUUGUGAGUUGCUGGAUUUCUCUGCUACGUUUUUUCCUCUUGCAAUAGGGAAAGAACACUCAGCAAUUUAGCUUUGCUACCCAUGGAAAUUGUUAAAUGUUAAUUUUGACUUCGUCUGUUUUCUUCUACUUUGGUUUUAUUAGUGUAGAGUAGGAGGUUUUUUAUAUUUCAGUAUUCUGUCUAGGAUGGCAAAAUACCAGCAGAUGUCCAGUUACAGGGUGCCCAGAUUGGGUAAGGGAUUUGCGACAAGGUUGUACACUACUACAAGGGCUAUUAUUGCCUGAGCUGGGUGCCCCUGAAGGCAAAUAAGCUGUCCACUCUCAGCUACUCUAAUGUUCCCUUUGUCCUUUUCAACUUAUACCUCCAGUUAGUGACUACAUAAUCCACUGUUGAAAUGUGGACCCACUAUAGGUAAAAGGACCCUCAUGGAAAAAUUUUCAUUGCAAUAUUGUCAGAUGAUGGAUUGAAAAAUUAUAUUUGAAUUACUUGAAGUUUAUAUGCAGCUUCUAGAUGAAACUUGAGAUCUGCUGGGCUGUAGCUGCGUACU